AUGGCAAUGCAGCAGUUCUCAGGCUACAGGUUGCCUGAGAAGCAGAAUAAUAGCCCUAUAGGUGCAGAAAAUGUAAAGAAAUGUGGUACACCUACCUGUCAUGUAUGCGGUGCCCCUAGACUACCACCAGACAUAUUUGCUGAACUUGAUCACUUGCCUGAUCCGAUACCAGAACCUGGCUCAGGAAGUUACCAGCAUUUUGAUGACUUAUAUGGAAAGGUUGAAACGACAGAAAAGUUUCUACCAUCUGCCAAGGCAACUCCUGAGAAAGGUAACAAAUGUCCAUUUAAUCCAACAGCUCAGACCGCUAAGAAUGUUGGAACAGUGAUACAGUGUGCGGAUUGUGGGAAGUGGCGGUGUAUGCAUUCCAAAAGAAUGCUCAAGAAAAAAGAUCGUGAUGAACUUGGUGUCGUUCUUGAUUCCAUUUUAUAUAGUUGUGGUAGUAGUUUUCAGGGCAUGUGCCAUAGUGAUGAAGAGGGUGAUAAUCAAAAUAAUGUACUCAAUCAUGUCUUUGUUAGGGCUAAUCUUAAUUGCAGAACAGAGAUGGAGUAUACCUAUUAUUCAGCUAAUUAUGAGGCAGUUUGUAUAUAUUGUGCAUCCUCAAACCCUCAACAAAAGGAGGGAUAUUACCCUCAGUGUGAGGACUGCACACAAAAACCCACUGUUCCGAAACGUGGUGCUAAAAAGUAG